CGUUUAGAAGCGAGCCGGAAGCUGUUUUUGUGAGCCUCCACUUUAUGACAGCUUCCUGUGGCUGAGUUCUUCCUUUCCCGUGUCAGCCAUUACUGUGUGGAGGUCACCGUGUGGCACCUGAAAACAAACACAAACAAACAUGCAGAACGAUGCUGGCGAAUUUGUGGACUUGUACGUCCCCCGUAAAUGCUCUGCUAGUAACAGAAUCAUUGGGGCCAAGGACCAUGCCUCUAUCCAGAUCAACAUUGCUGAGGUUGACAAGGUAACAGGCAGGUUCAAUGGGCAGUUCAAGACCUAUGCCAUCUGUGGAGCUAUUCGUAGAAUGGGUGAAUCUGAUGACUCUAUCUUGAGGCUGGCGAGGGAGGACGGCUUAGUCUCAAAGAACUGAAACAGAGGAUGCAAAAUUUGUUCUUUGUAAAAUAAAAAGUAAAAACAAA